AACGUGCUCGGUGACGUCACUUCCAAGAUGGCGACGAUGAUGGCUGGAACAUAAACGCAGCAAGAGGUCAACAUUUCUUCCAAGGUCCUGGUCUCCACUCAAAGAGAAAGUAAAGUGCUAAAUUUACGGAUUUGACAGAUUAUCAGAAGCCUGAUCAGUAUGGCUUUACUUGGGAAUCUGAGGCCGAUGCUGUCUUCAAUCCUGCAAGCCUCCCAGUGUGUGUUCCCUUGGUCUGGACCUCUUUUAAGCAGGACCAUGGCUACACUCAAUCAGAUGCAUCGCCAGGGCAAACCAUCCCCACCACCCAAAAAGCUUGGUGCCACAUUCGGUCGACCUCAGCUGAAGGCCGUAGUCCUGAAGACCAUGAUCAGGAAACCCAAAAAGCCCAACUCUGCCAACCGCAAAUGUGCACGAGUUCGUCUCUCCAACGGUAAGGAGGCGGUGGUGUUUAUCCCAGGUGAAGGACACAAUCUCCAGGAGCACAAUGUUGUAUUGGUGCAAGGAGGUAGGACACAGGAUCUGCCAGGUGUCAAGCUCACAGUAGUCAGGGGCAAAUAUGACUGUGCCCAUGUCGUGAAGAAGAAACAUUGAUGCCUUGAACCAGAUUGAGACUGUCCACUCUUUUGUCUUGUUUUUUUCUUCUCAUAAUUGUUUAUUGUAUUUCAUUACAAUAACAGAGCAUCUCUGUUCUUGACCAAUUUCAUUUUGAAUUUAUAAAUGUUCUCAUUGUCUCAGUUACCACAAAAUAAACCAAACAAACCCUAUCAAUUGGAAGUGCCUGUAUGCCAAGGAUUAUUUGGCGAAUAUUUAUUUAUAGUUUUUCUUUAAACAUGAUAUUGUAUUUUAUUUGGUCAUAAAUUAUGAACACUAAUGUUCAUAACUCUGCAUAGUGUAUCUCAUCAUAUAAAUUGUUACUAAUUACAAAAAAAUUGAGUGUAAUUCUGUCUAGCUCCGAUUUUAAUUGAGGAAGUUUGACAUGAUAUUCGUUUUCACUUAAAUAUCAUCCUGUAAUUUCUCACCCCUGAAACUAGCUGUGAAUAAAAAAAAUGUAAUAUCAAAACAAUAAAAUAUAAUAAAUGUU